AUGUUGCAGAUGUCGACGUCUCGGUCACGUGCGUCAAACGACUCCCGCGAUUCAUAUCACAAGCACUUCCGUGUCGAGACUGAGCCGCUAGUAAUCACGUUGAACCAAGGAUUAGUUCAAUAUGAAGCCCUUGGCACGCUGACAAAUCUCCUCCAUGUGUCAUAUAUCUCAACGACACACAUGACGUCAUUGCCGAACAUACCAGUUGAGCCACGAAAUGGUAUGAUUCGCACCUACAAUCAUGAUCGAACCUUCACACGACCGUACUCCGCUAAAACGGUGUUCUUCUACAAGGAAGGCGACGAGUAUUUCACGGAUUGCAAUCUUAAAUAG